AUGCGUCAGAAGCGUGCAAAGGCUUACAGAAAGCAGAUGCUGGUGUACAACCACACUUUCAAGUUCCGCGAACCAUACCAGGUGCUUGUCGAUAACCAAAUCGUGCUAGAUUGCCAUGGGUCAAACUUUGACCUCGUCAAAGGGUUACAACGUACGCUACAGGCAGAAGUCAAGGUUAUGAUCACACAGUGUUGCAUGCAGGCGUUAUAUGAGACCAAUAAGCAAGGUGCCAUUGAACUGGCGAAAACAUUUGAGCGUCGUAGAUGUAACCACCCUCCAAAGGAACCAAAACCACCGAUUGAAUGUCUCGAAAGUAUUGUAUGCGUCAAUGGUCACAACAAGCAUCGCUAUGUAGUGGCGUCCCAGGAUAUCGAUACCAGAAGAAUACUCAGGCGCACACCAGGUGUACCAUUGGUACACACCGUGCGGUCAGUGAUGGUCAUGGAACCUUUAAGCGAUGCCAGUGCGAAAGUAAGCUCCGCGGCAGAGGCAGAGAAGCUCCAUAAGGGACUUAACGACCCACGCAACGCUGGAAUCAAGACGGAGAACCCACAGACAUCAAUCAAGAAGAGAACUAAGCAACCGAACCCGCUCAGUGUCAAGAAGAGGAAGACCGAGUCAAAGGGCGAGCCAAAGGCGGCACAAGACACAGAGCCAGUCGCUUCAAAUACCAAAAAGCGCAGGCGGAAGCAUAAGAGCUCUACCACGGAGCCUCAGGGCCAGGAAGAAUCGACCUGA